CCCUCUGGACCCUGUGGCGGUGUCCCAGAAUACAUCUAGGCUCUACAAACUGCUGCACACACUCUGCUUCUGACUCUUCAGGGAAGCUCAAACUACCCAAAGGGUUUGGAGAGUGCUCGCUGAGAGGCCUGGUGGGUGGAUUCUCUGAGGGAUGGCCAUCUUUAGGACAGCAAUGGCGGGUGGACUGCUCUUCAUCAUGAGCCUCAUGCUGCUGGGGCGACGAGUGGAGGGUGAGGUGAACGGACGGGGAAAAACGGAAGUAGCGGGUGAUUCUGUCGUCUACCUCGGCCAGGAAAGAGACCCCUGGAGGCCGCUGAUCCGCACAACAGUUAACCUCGUAGAGAUCAGGAGCAUCAAGUCUUCUUUUCAGUUUCGAACCUUUGACCCAGAAGGAGUCAUCUUCUAUGGAGACACCAAAAAUGGGGAGGACUGGUUUAUUUUGUCCCUGAAAGAUGGACACGCCCUCAUGCAGAUCAGCAAGGAGGACAUUCUCGUUAGCGUGACGGGUGGAAGGAAGCUCAACGAUGGAAAAUGGCACACACUGGAAGUGAGCAACAAGGGGAAGUUUGUGACUCUGGUGGUGGACGGCUCACCCGGACUGGAGGUGGGCAUGCAGUCCAAACAGACACAGGAGGUCAUUUCUGGUGAACUUCGACUGGCUCUUGGUGGGAUCCUGGUAGACAAGGAAAAGUUGAUUGUUGAGUUAGAUCCGCAGAUGGACGGCUGCGUUCGUGAAGGCAGCUGGUUGAACCUCAGCGUCCCCUGGGAGGCUGAGGCAGAAGAGCUCUGGCUCUGCCAUCAAAACAUCCAACCAGGCAGCUACUUCAGUGGCAAAGGACUGGCCAUUUUUAACACGUCAGUUUUCUCCAUAGAUGAAGAUCAGGGGUUCCGCCUUGAGUUUUGGGGAGAUUUCAGUCAGCUGGACGGAACCGUUUUGAGCGUUGAAUCUUCACAAGAGCAGCUGAUGUUUACCGCAGUAGCCAGUAACGACACAAAGGAAGUCGUUCUCACUUUCAAAGAACAACAGUUCACCCUGGAGAACACGUUCAAGAGACUUCUGGUUACGUUUCUGAAGGAUUCAGUGAAAGUGGCUGAACGUGAAGAUGAGUCAAACGCCGUUACGUUUUUGGCCGGCGCAGAGAGCCACCCCAGUUACCUGACCAGUGUAAGGGGGGGUCGUUUUGCUGUUGGAGGUCUUCUGGGCGAGGGUGUCAUCGGCUCUCGUUUCUUGACGGGCUGUCUUGAGAAGGUCCAAGUCCAAGGGAAGGAUUUGGAUCUGGAUUUAUCUGUCAAACACAUGUCCGUCUCGUCUCACAGCUGCCCCGCAUAAACUACAGAAGCACGCGUUGUCUGUGGACUGAAUGUUUGCUGUUGAUGCUUUGAUUCCAAUGUUUUUGAGCACCAUAUGAGUACAAAUAAACUAGUUUACAAAGUA